AUGUCAUCUCCGUCGGAUUCCUCUUCGUGCACAUCUGAAAGUGAUCUAAAAAGUUUUACAGUUGACGAAGUGAUUGGGGAAUUGUCUGAAUUUGCGCCGUACGACGACAGUUGCGAACCCCUUGCUACCGAGGAAGAAGCCGCGGACUACAACGAAAGAGUUCAUCGCAAAGAAGAAGAGGAACAACAGUUUCAACGAAGAUAUUCGGGAGAGGUGCCAGCGAAUGAAUGGUAUGGUAUUAUCAUGGAAUGUAGAUUUAUAUUUUUAUUUUCCAAUUUCAACAUACCCGUCGUUAAAUCGUGCGCGUGACGAACGCGACUAUGUGUUUUGUUAAGUUUACAAUUUCCUUGCUAUAUGAUUAGCUGUAGUCCUGAUUUUAUGCGAUAGUUUUAUUGAAGAGGUUAGACAAUUAAUAAUUUUAUACAGACGUAUUUUUCUUGUGUUUGACGAAUUUUUCACAUUACUUUGCAGGUGUUCGUGCUCGAACUGCUCUGUCAGCCUUGUUACAAGAGCGCAGGAGUGCAUUCGCUGCAAAGAGAUCGAUCGCUGCGAAGAGGUCAUGGAAGAAGCCAUUGGAGACCGGACCGUAUGCAUAACCCUCCAUCCAGGGUUUGAAAGCGUCUGCUUAAACCGCCACGUAUUAGAAGUGGCUGCACUGGGCCUAAAAACGCGAGCUGGAAAGUCGUACACAACUGUUCGUGGGCAAAGCAACAAAAGUGAUGAUGAGUAA